AUGAAUAUUCAACGAGAGUUUAGUGAACCCCAUCGACAUGAACAAAGUAGCUACAGCCCUCAAGAUAAUCCGGUACAAGCACCAACGCGAUCUCAUGAAGGGAUCCAUCCAAGACAAGAAAGACGCUCUGGAAGUAUCGUAGGCGAUAGUCAACUUGGUGGAUAUGCCAUGUCAAGAGCCAUUGAAAAAAGAUGGAAAGGCAAAGAACCCACUCUUCGUGCAAGUCGACCAAGCAUUGCCCCUCAAAGACGUGAAUCCUGGAUGGACAAAUUUGAAGAAGCUGGCAAAAAUGCAAUUCGACGUUCUUCCACAAGCACCGAUGCUCUCAUUGACAGGCUUGCUGACACGCUCAAUACUUGGAGCCCUGGCACCGAUGUAACCAAUGACAAGAGUGGCAAGCAACAGCAACAACAACAGCAACAACGUCGAGAGUCAUGGUCGCAAAAGGCGUAUUCGUUCUUGUUUCCACCAUCGCCAUCGUCACCACUUCAACAAGAGCAUUCAUCACCACGACCUGCUGCACGUCCCUCACUAACACGACAAGCUUGGUCGUGGUUGCAACCACGUAGAAACAGCAACGCUACGUCACAAGACGAUGUAGAGUAUCUUGGAUCCGAUGUCAGCUACGAUGAUACACAGGCCAGCUUCCGAGUUGAAAAGACAAAGGGCAGUGGUCGUGGAUUCUUUGACAGCAGCAAUUAUCGUGAAAACUUUCCAUCGCCUCCUCGAUCACGUUCCUUUAGCCAUAGCAUUCGUCCAAGUCCAUACAUGAAUCAGCCUACAAGGAAUUAUGCACAAGCAGCUCGUCGAAGUUUGGAUGUUAUGAAUGGUGACCAACAAAAGCAAUGGUUCAAUCCUGAUCCUGAGAGUGCUCGUAUCGCUGUUCCACCACUAUCCGUUGAACACAAAAUGGAUGAUCACAACACUUCCGCUACUCAACUGUUGUACGAUCGUGAAGAGCAACAAGAGAACGACAAUAAACAAGUCAACAAGAAGCAGCAGCACCAGCAGCAUCAAGACACAUCCCCAAACAAGUAUCAUGUUGUAUCCAACAAGCAAUCUCCUCCACCAAUGAAGGAAAACAUAUUCGAUAAUGAUAUUGAGAAUUGGAAACCACACAUUUCUGGUAAUACACGUGAAUAA